CCCGCGCGCCACCGGUCGCCAUGGGAACGGCGCUGGCGGCCCCGCCCCGCCCCGGCUGUGCCGUCACUGCCGCGCGCCGGAAGUGCCGCCGCAUGGCGCGGGCGGCGCGGCUGCUGGCGCUGGCGGCGGAGCGAGCGGCGGGGUCGGGGCUGGGCCCGGGGCCGGGCUCUGCCCGCCUGGUGCUGCUGCCACCGGUCCGCAGGGCCCGGCCCGGCCCUCAGGGUGCGUGCGGGAGACCAGCGGAGGGCGGAGGCUGGGCCGGCGGCGGGAGCGCCCCGGUCGAGCUGGGUUGGGCCGCACCGGAGGAUGGAGGCCGCGGCCGGUGGCGGCGGGAGCGGGGCCGCCCCGCUGACUGGAGCGAGGCGGUGGCGGCCGCGGCCGGUGCCCUGCAGGCGGGCGGGCUGGUGGCCGUGCCCACGGACACGGUGUACGGCGUGGCCUGCCUGGCGCAGGACUCGGCCGCCGUGCGCAGCAUCUACAGCCUGAAGGGGCGGAACGGCGCCAAGCCGCUCGCCAUCUGCCUCGGCGACGUGGAGCGGCUCUACAGGUACUGCCGCGUCAAUGUUCCCGAUGAGCUGCUGCGGGACCUGCUCCCGGGACCAGUGACCCUGGUGUUAGAGCGUUCAGAAGAGCUGAAUAAGGACCUGAAUCCGUUCACAUCGCUGGUUGGUGUCCGCAUUCCAGACCACCCCUUCAUGAGAGACCUAGCCCGAGCCUGCCCGGGCCCGUUGGCCCUGACCAGUGCCAACAUCAGCUCCCAGGGCAGCACCCUGACCGUGCUGGAAUUCCAGGACUUGUGGCCUCAGCUGUCCUUGGUCAUUGAUGGAGGCCCCAUAGGAGACAUCCAGAGCCCAGAGUGUCGCUUGGGCUCAACUGUGGUUGACUUGUCUGUGUCAGGGAAAUUCUCCAUCAUCCGGCCUGGCUGUGCACUGAUGCCCACAGUUGAAAUCCUGAAGAAGAAGUAUGGCUUGGUACCAGAACCUUCCUAACCCUUGGGACUGGGAGCUGCUGGAGCUGGGCACUGUGUGCCUGUGCACUUAGGAGUGGGUGAUCAUGGCCUUGUUUAAUAAGGUCGAUGGGUUAUGUCAAGGCAAAUUAAAUAAAUAUUAAAAAAGAAAGACUGGAUAACCCU